GAUGACGCACGGCGUGUGGUCACGCGGGUCAGCUGAUGUUAACCGAGAGACCGCCACACCACCAGUACCGCUAGCACCCACGGACGACGGUGUCCGUGAAGGCGUCAUGAAGCACGACGGCUGAGUGAGGAUGACCGCCAGGACGUGAGGGGCCCACGCCGCGCUCAGCGCACCUGUGGCGGAUGAUGGGCUGCGGGGGGAGCAGGGCGGACGCGAUCAUCGAGCCGAGGUACCACGAGAGCUGGACCAGGGAGACCGAGUCGACGUGGCUCACCAACACCGACGUGGAGCCUCCUCUGCCGGUCGGCAACAGUAAGGCGUUCGAGGCGGGCCUGCGUGAGAAGAGGAUGGUGACCACGGGCACGCAGUGCGGCAAGCAGACCCUCCCUGGCGCCGCCAGCUCGGGCUGCAACCACCACAGGAGGCCCAGACGCUCCUUCAGUGACCAAGCCAGUCGCGACUCCAAGCGAAAGACGUCCAAGGAGACAACCGCUUUGAGCAUGCACUCCAUCAGCGGCGGAGACAACGACCCCGCCAAAGUGUGCGACGAGAGGUGAACACCACCUAAAAAUCCACAACGGAGACAGAGCAGAUGGUGUAGACGGCCGAGGCACCGGUCAAUCGGUGUCGAUAUUUCCGAGAACGCUUAAACGCACCGUGCCAAAGAGCUCGGGAUGCUGCAUCUUUGUGCCCCCCCCCCCCCCCCCCCCCCCCCGCCUCCUCUCACGCAUGCCAAAGCAAAGCUGGCGGUCAGGGAGCGGACCACCGUGCCACACCACUUGCGAUCGGCUUCACUUCUUUUCUGUACACACGUGUUCCCUUUUCAGAGUGUGUGAGGUGACUCCUGGUUGUUUUUCAGGAGAAACCAGAAGUGCUGUUUUGUAGAGAGUUUCUGCAAGAUGUAGAAAUAUGCCCGCAUGUGCCUACACUUCAUACGGACGAACCCUUGUGUUGACAACGCGUGUGUGUGCGUGCGUGCGUGCGUGUGUGCGUUUGACGCUUUUGUUGUUAUUUGGAGUGUUGUGUUACUCACAUGUACAGAGCCCCAGAUAUGACGCGGGGGGGAAAAAAUACUAAUUCGUUUGCACGAAAACUGAUUUGUAUGCACAAAAUACUAAUUUAAACGCACGAAAUGCUACAGAAAUAGAAAAAAAUAAUUUGUGCACACGAAAUACUAAUUUGUAUGUAUGACAUUUUGCACACAAAUAUUUAAAUCACCACAAAUAACUUUGCACGCUCAAAAAGUAUACUAAUUUGUGCACAAAAAAUACUAAAUUGUGCCCACGAAAUACUACAGAAAUAAUAAUCUGUGCACAUGAAAGUCUACUUUAUGACAAACGAGUAAUUUCUGUUCACGAAUUAGCAUUUUUUUUCAAAUCAUGUCUGGGGCUGCGUUCUGAUGUGCAUGUCCAAAAAUGGAGGCAAAAGCUGUUUGUGCCAAACAAAAACAAACCGGUCAAUUCAAAUGACAUGCCAUGUGCUGGUUGGCCACCAGAGAGCGCUGUUGACAUGGGAUUUCUCCUUUGGCGAGGAACUCGAAUUGAUGCUUUUAAUUUAAAUUUAAUAAAAUGUUAACAAAAAAAUCUGA